CUGUUGCUACUGGUACAGUCGUAUCUCGCACGGUCGGAGCACUUCGUUUAUUGCACUCGAGUUGAUGGUGCGCACGUCAGCUUGGAAACGGACGAAAGCAUAUAUUCGCAGAAUGCGGGGCAAUAAAGCGGGAGGAUGGAUUGCUCUUCUGCUUCUUUUGAUACUCGGAAAAGUGAGUGAUUCUAAUGCAAAUAUUGAUGGAAGUAUUGACUCUCGUCUCCCGAAAAAUUCUGUUCCAUCCUCCUAUGAAAUAAAAAUCGAACCGCAUAUGAUUCCCGGAAAUUUCACAUUCAAUGGAGAAGAGGACAUUGUUCUUGCUGUCUUGGAAGAGUCUUCGGAGAUCACUCUUCAUGCCCAUUCUGAUCUGUUCAUCAAAGCAGAUGCUACUGUUUUGAUCGGGAAAGAUGGCAAGUCUGUGAAACCGAAGAAUCACAUUCAGCAAAAUAGCACCGAUUUCUUGAUGAUCAGUUUCGAAUCGAAAAUCGCUGCAGGAAAUUAUACAUUGCAUUUAGAAUUCAUCGGCAAGAUCAAUAAUGGGACUGAUGGCGUUUUCAGGUCAUCUUAUCUAAAAGAUAAAAAUGAAAAUGUAUGGUUCAUCGCUACCCGUUUUUCACGAAUUUUCGCGCGAAGAGCCUUCCCUUGCUGGGAUGAACCAGCCCUGAAAGCUACAUUCAACCUAUCUCUCAAACAUUAUCCAAACUACACGGCGGCAUCUAACAUGCCAAUACGAAGGAAAGUAGAAACCGGCGAUGGAAAAGUUUGGACCAAUUUUCAGAUUACACCGAAAAUGUCAACAUAUACAAUUGCGUUCGUAGUCUCCGAUCUGAGCUGUAUCUCAAAUACCAAUAAGCUGUUGAAUAUGUGUGCCGUUAAGCAAGCCCUCCCAGGGUUGAAGUUAGCCCAAGUAGUGCAGGAUAAGGCAUUGGCUCUAUUUAAUCAAUAUACGGGGAUGCCGUUUCCUUUACCAAAACUAGACAGCUAUAUUUUACCGCAUGAGCAACGAAGUGGAUCCUUGGACAGUUGGGGACUCAUCCUCGAUCGGGAAUCUCGCAUGGUCAUGAAGGACGACUCACCAUACUGUGCGAAAGAAUAUGCAACAUUAUUGCUCAUUCAUGGUUUGGCGUAUCAGUCACUUGUCAAUUUAGUCAGUCCAAUUUGGUGGACCGAUGUAUGGCUGAAUGAAGGGCUCGUACAGUACUUGCGGUUGUACAUUGAAAACCAGAUGCAUCCAGAAUGGGAUUUGAUAAACGAGUUUGUGGCUGACACAAGUUUAUCGAGGGAUAGAAAAGACUGGUUGUCUUGGGAACCGAAAAAAUUUGUGGAUGAAAAAUUUAAAGUGCCUCUUUGUGAUUAUAUUAAGAGUGCAGCCGUAAUGCAUAUGCUGUCUAAUACUGUUUCCAAAGAAGUUUUCCAAGAAGGUGUUCGCAUUUACUUUAAGAAAUACCAAUAUGGAGCAGCAUCACCAGAUGACUUCUGGAGUGUGAUGCAAGAAACCUACGAUAAGGCUCAAAAAACCCCCAAAAUUAACAUAAAAGAUAUAAUGAAUUCAUGGACGAGUCAAACUGGUUAUCCCAUGGUGAAGGUGGUCAGGGACUAUGAAGCCGGAACAGUGACCAUUCAUCACCCCAACAAGACCCCUAGUCAGCCGUCAUCGAGAUGGUUUAUUCCAAUCAAUUAUGCAAUCAAAUCUCAUCCGAAUUUUGCAUCCACUGUACCCACCCAUUGGUUGAAACCUGGUGAUGGUCAGCUCGUCAUCGAUGGUUUGAACAAGGAUGACUGGAUCAUCGUGAACAUUCAACAAUCAGGCUACUAUGGAGUUGAUUACGACGACGCCAGCUGGGAGAAGAUCAUUCAAUAUUUGAAUAGUAAAGACUACACAAAAAUACAUGUCUUAAAUCGCGCACAAUUCGUGUCAGACUUGUUUCAUGGCGGCAACUAUAUGACACUUUUAAAGUUGACCUCAUACCUUUCUCGUGAAACCGAGUUAAUUCCAUGGAGAGCCGGAAAAUUGGCGCUUUCAUAUUUCAAACACCAUUUAUCGGAUGAUGCUGAACUCCAGCAAAAUUUGAAUAAAUAUGUUCAACUCCUAAUGAAACGAGUACUCGAAGAAGUUGGAUUCGAGGAUCGCCCUUCAGAUUCAAACUUAGUGAAAAAGAAAAGGUCUGAGCUGAUGAAUCUCGCUAGCAAAUUCAAUAAUACUAAAUGCUUGGAGGCGCAAUCGAAGAAAGCAUUGGCUCAUUUGGAAGGGAGAGGGUAUCAGAGCCUCGAUUACUGGCAAAUUUGUUACGGAGCAUCAGAUGAGAAAGUUGCAUCUCUAUUAGAGAAAAAAAUUGAGGACGGAAACACUGAAGCAUAUUUCAGUGCCCGAAGCUGUUCACGGAAUACAACUUUCUACGAGAAGUUCAUCAAGAAAAUUGCAUCCAAUCAGACUAUAGCCAAAAAUACCACGCGACUGGCAAUUAUUGUUCUUGCUGAAAAGACUGUCGAAGGAUGGGACUGGGGGAUAAACUAUUACAUGCAGCAUUUUGAUCAGUUGUUGAAGGAUUAUGGCCAAACCGAUGUGACUUUCAUGCUGAACCAUUACAUUCAGAGAGCUGCAACUCCUCAGCGAUUGGAAAAGAUAGCGGAAUUUAUCAAUGAACACCAAGAUCAUUUCGAAGCUUCCGUGAAAGAGGAACUCUCGAAGAAAUCCAAGAUGUUUGAAUGGAGUAAAACAAUGGCUCCACUCAUGAAUGACUGGCUGAAGCAGCAACUUAUUUUAAUGGCAGAGACCACGAAAGCUUGAAUAAUAUGAAGCGCUUCAAUAUGAAUGAGAGUAGUCUUUCGAUGUAGCGCGUUGCCGUGUUAAACUUAUGGCAGCCGGGUGACUCUACAUAGAGAUCAAUGAAAAUAAAUAACCAUUACUAUCAUA